CUUAGAGAUAAAAAAAAAAAAAAAAAAAGCCACAUCACUCUUAGAGUGUAUAAAUAUUACUUUAUAAAGUUCUCUCUUUGCUUUAGUGUUGUCAGAGACACGAAUCAAUAAACCUUUACUCAGAGCAUCAGGUGAUGGAUCGACAUUAGCUUGAAAUGUUCUGCAAUUAAAUGGUGCUAGAAAAGACACAGUAACUGUGUGUGAUGUAAUCACUCCAGUACCAUUUAACAUCAAUACUGCUAGAUUAAUAUCGUGAUUUGAGUCAGAGACUUGGACUCAUUACUUCAAGUAUUGUACUUAGUCUUCUUACUCUGAGUCUCGGUUUUAGUACUCGAAGUCUCACUCACAUUUCUCUUCCUCUCUUUGCCUCGUCUCUCGGAGAUUCUGCCUCAUUUCCCUGAGCCUCAGCGUCGUUUCUCUGUCUCAUUACUCAGAUGUUUGGUCUGAGUCCCAGUCUCACAAUAGCACACAGAGUUUUGGUUUUUGAACUGAUGCUUCAGAGUUGUUGUUGUUUGGGUCUGUUUACUCCGAGUCUUGAUUUUAUUCCUGUUACUCUCACCUUGGUCCUGGUCAGGCAGCUUUGACCAUUUACUAGUUUAAAGCAGAAGUAAAGAAACAAUUAUUAAACAAGUGUAACGUCAGUGCUGGUUUCGACCGGUUCCUAGGGUUCAUGAUGACCUCACAAUGUGGCUCUCUUUGACUCCAUUCCCCAUCAGCCUUAGAGACCACAAUGAGAUCACAUGACCACGUCUCAUGCUAUUGGCCUUCCGAUUGGACUCACCUCUUGUGGUUCCCCUUGAUUAGUGUCUCUGUUUACGUUCAUUAUUUCAUUGCUAACAUUUAUUACUUUGUUCUGUACUUCAUGCUGUUCUCUAAGUUCUAAGAACAAGUCUCUAAGAACAAGAGAGGAAUGUACUAAUUAUAUCCCAUUUUGAAAAAAAAAAAAAAAAAAUGCCUACGUAGUAGAAGCAACAAAUAAAAUUUGUGCAGCUCAGAAGGAAUUUGUCAAAAUGAAAACAAAUCUCAUGCCCUCCAAAAAACUAGCCCAUAAUCAAUCCUUGUGUAUCAGGCCAAGUGUGAAAAUGCCCUUAAACUCUCGGCCCUGAUGUUGGUUUCUGCUUCCCUCUAAGAUUCAGAGUCAUGGUCUGGGUCUCGGCUUGUCGUAUUCUGACAUUCAGAAUAUAAGUAAAGUCUGUAUUCAGCUCACAUUACAUUUCUGAGUGAAAUCUCUCUCUCUCUCUUUCUGCAGUAGAGAAUGGGGGACUGGAAUUUCCUGGGAGGCAUCCUAGAGGAGGUUCACAUCCACUCCACCAUGGUGGGAAAGAUCUGGCUCACUGUUCUCUUCAUCUUCCGCAUGCUUGUGCUUGGAGUGGCAGCUGAGGACGUGUGGAAUGACGAGCAGCUCGACUUCAUCUGCAACACGCAGCAGCCUGGCUGCAGGAACGUCUGCUAUGACUGCGCCUUCCCUGUCUCCCUCAUCCGCUACUGGGUGCUGCAGGUGAUCUUCGUCUCCUCACCCUCGCUAGUGUACAUGGGACAUGCAAUCUACCGACUCCGUGCGCUGGAGAAGCAGCGGCACUGCAGGAAAGCGGCACUGCGGCGCGAGCUUGAGGCGCUGGAGUCAGACCUGCUGGAGGCCCGUCGCCGUGUGGAGAGGGAACUGAGGCAGCUUGAGCAAGGAAAAUUAAACAAAGCACCACUGAGAGGCUCAUUAUUGCGCACUUACAUCGCUCACAUUGUGACCCGAUCGUCAGUGGAGUUCGGCUUCCUGCUGGGUCAGCACCUGCUCUACGGAAACCAUCUCGAACCGCUGUACAGGUGCGAUCACGAGCCAUGCCCAAACUCGGUGGACUGUUUUGUGUCACGGCCAACAGAAAAAAGCAUGUUCAUGGUGUUUAUGCAGGUCAUUGCGGCUGUUUCGCUUUUUCUCAGCCUGCUGGAAAUCGUGCAUUUGGGAUACAAGAAGGUGAAAAGAGGAAUUCUGGAUUAUUACACUCAUGUUCAGGACGAUUUGGAGGAUUGUUGUGGAAGCAAAUUUAAAAAGAACUUUGCGAAACAGCCGGUUUGUGUGAGCCAGGGACGCAAAGCCACCAUUCCCACAGCUCCGACUGGAGGAUACGUGCUCCUGUUGGAAAAAAAACAAGCUAAUGGCGCAUCUUUGCCCCCUCUCACUGGGUCUUCAUCCACGUUCCUUCAGUCUGGGGCCAAAAGAUGUUUGAAGGGGCAGAAUGAGGGCAAAUACAGUGUUCCAACUGAGCACACAAGCAGCUGCACCCACUCUCCUCACGAAUUCAAACAACUAGAGACUGAGAACUCCACAUACCCAACACUUCCUAUAACCGACUCAACUUCCUGUCCCACUUCCUGUCCCAGUGGUGCAGCCUGGAAACUGCAGUGCAUCAGCAGCACGGUAAUGGAAGGAAACGUGGAGUCCUGCAACUGUUCUACAGGAAGGCAGAUAUACGAUUUCACAGCAAAACCCAACGAAUGCACGUCCAAAUCAGAGUCAGUGUGCGACGUAAGCUCUGAUUCACGCCGAAGCCCCGCCCUCUCACCAAACCGUCGUAAAUCAUUGGUCAGCACCGUGAGCAGCAGGAGAGCCACAGACCUACAGAUCUGAAAACGAGCUUCAGCACGUUAUGUUUCUAUGUUUAAACAAAACAAUACUGAUAACUAAAGCAUUAUGCGUGCUAAAGUUUCUAAAGAUGGUGUUUGUAACGUGACAUCUCAUUUUCUCUUUCUCGUAUUUCCACACGUGUGUCAGCAGCGUAGGACGCGACCCAGACUGUUUCUAUUCAUCAUUACAGAGAUGCAGAAAGGUUAGAUGCGAGUUUAAAAUAGAUGUGUUGCUAUAAAAUCAAACAAACCAGCACAAAAACUUGCUAAAUAUUGGUUAAUAAUCCUUAAUAAUAUUAAACUAAUGUUCUGCAUAUUUAACAGGUUAGAUUGAAAUAUUUGUGAUUUGUUCAGAUUUUGGUGCUAUUUGUUAGCUGAUGCUGCAUUUGCAUUAUUCCUGUGAGAAAUGAACCGUGACCCUGAUCGUUGUUAGCAGCAAUUAAGUGAGAAAACUGGAUACCUGUGAAACUCCGUUACCUGUAAUGAGCACUUUGUAUCAGCUAAGUUAGCUAUGUGUGAUAACCUGAGAUAGGCGGCAAGAACCACAUACACAGAGCUACAGAAUUUAUGGGAGCGUUAGUCAGUGAUGGAGGUGAAGAUGUUUUAUGUAGUUUGUUGCUGUUCCUGUCAAUUUUCUAAAAUCUUUGUGAAUAUAUCUAAUGGCUUGCUAAUUAGUUAGCCUGCUAGCUAGUUAAACUUGUGAGCAGGAUUGGUAGGUAAAUAACCGACAUUAGCUAGCAACUGACCUUAGCAGCCUGAAUUAGUGGCCUGGAUUGUGGUGUAAAUGUAUGUGAAUGUCAGAUGUGGCAAACUCUGUGCUGACUUCAGAUCUGUACCUAUUGUACCUGGGACUUGGUCUGGAUCUAAACCAGUGAGCAACGUUUAUUAAUUCUCCAUCACUGCCUUCCUGUUGAUGGUGAGAAACUAUAGUCAGCUACAAGAAAAAGUUCAGAUGACUGAAACAGGUCAAUAAUGGAAAACACACACAUACACACACACAUGCAGAAAAAGUGUACUGUAUUUAUUCAGUAAAUCGAACACUAAACUCUGUUCAGCAAAUUAAAUAACCCUUCUGAAUAUAACACAAAAUACACACAUUGCACUGGUGAAAAUAAAUCUGCACAAAUCACACUAACACAAUAAUCAUUAUUAUUGCUCUUAAUAAUAACUAAAGUAAAUAAAAAAAACAAAAAAAACUGAGAGUCAUUCUGCUCC